AUGGCACGCCAUCUCUACGGAAUGAACGCUGCUGAGGUCUUUACUUCAGGAGUGACAUAUUUAGUCUGUCUUGCUGCUGUGUGGUGUUUCCUUAUUGUCAUCUACCGACUCGCGAUUCACCCAUUACGCCGAUAUCCAGGCCCAAUUCUUGGAGGAAUCUCUGAUGCGUAUGGCGGUUACCUUGCCUUCACGCGGAGCGACCACCUUGCUAUUUACCAACUCCAUCAACGCUAUGGUCCUGUAUUGCGUUUAGCCCCGGACAAACUUCUGUUCAAUUCAUUGCAUGCCUUUAAGGACAUUUAUCAGAAUCCUAGGAUAACUAAGUCCUACCUUUACCUAUAUUCACGCGAUAAGAACCAGCCGACUACGUUUAGUACUAUUGAUGCCGAGGCACACCGUCAAAGGCGAAAGUUGAUUAGCCAACCCAUCUCGCAACGCGCGAUGCGGUUGUUUGAGCCGACAAUGUCAGCACAGAUUGAUAUCUUCCUCCGAAAGAUAUAUGAAUCAUCAGGGUCGGUGGUGAAUGUGACCGACCAUUGUCAGUGGUUAGGACUUGAUAUUGUCGGGCUUCUUGCCUUCGGGUACCAUCUCAACCUCCAGACCAAGGAGGAAUACCGGUUCAUACCAAGGGCAUUUGCCGAUAUCAAGAGCCGCAUUCAUGUUUUCAUGCAAUUUCCUGCCCUUGCCAACUUUGCUGCACUAAUCACGCCAUUCACCGAGCCCGAGAAGGGAAAGCUUUUAAGGUUGGUCUAUAAAAUGAUGCUAGCUCGUGCAGAACAAGACAAGGAUGCCGAAAGAGACUUUUACUCGUAUGCUAAAGGAAAUCUUGAUUAUGGGCCUGAUUAUUUUGAGUACGGUGAGUUCAUGGCGGAGGCAGCGUUUUUCGUCACCGCAGGGGGUACUCCACCAGCCACGGCCAUUUGUGGUCUCCUAUUCUACCUUGCACGCCAUCCUCAGUUUUACAAGAAGUUGACUGAAGAGAUCAGAGGAACAUACAAAAGGGGUCAUGACAUCAAAGGUGAUGCACAGCUAAUGGGUUGUCAAUACCUUCGUGCCUGUAUUGAUGAAACAUUGCGCAUAUCACCUCCUUCACUCGCCACUCUCUGGCGAGAACGGGAUAAGGUUGAUACCGACGACAGCCCAUUGGUCAUCGACGGGCACGUAAUUCCGCCAGGAACCCAGGUCGGCGUUAACCUCUAUGCGCUUCACCACAAUGAGGAAUAUUUUCCAGAUUCGUACUCCUUCAUACCUGACCGUUGGAUAACCCAAGCAUCAUCUGAUAAUCCGGAAAGUGAGGCAGCACGCGCCCGGAUGCAGGAAGCAUUUGUACCCUUUCUCGUGGGUUCUCGCUCAUGUGCAGGGAAGGCUAUGGCUUAUUGCGAGAUCAGUAUCGUCAUAGCCAAGUUGCUUUGGCACUUCGAUUUCGAGAGCGCACCUGGGGAUUUAGGUAAACUAGGCGAAGGGACACCAGGAAGCACAGAUGGAAGAGGCAGAGCUAGUGAAUACCAACUCUAUGAUUGCAAUAGCGCAACUCACGAUGGUCCAAAUUUGAUUUUCAGACCUCGCGCCGAAGCCAUUGCGGAGCUAAGCGGCAAAGCUCUUUAG